AAUGGAACUUUUUUGAAGGAAAGCUGAAUGGAAGUCUUUGAGUCAUUUGCUGGUAGAAGCAUUUCAAUGGAGGAUCUGAUAUCUCCAGGGAAGUAUCAGCCAUGUAUGAUGAAAAGAUGUCCAAGUGUAGACAGUGUGGUGUCAAUACAGCAACAUCAUUUCAGACACAAUGCGCAUAAAGGCUUUGCAGCCACCCAUCUUGAAAACUUUACUCAACACAACUUCUCCAGUGCCUACUUACACUCAGAAGAGGAUGUACUUAUUUCUACCUUUGAGGCCUGUGAUAUUAAAAAAACUGGGUGGGUAAGUCCAGUAAAAAUUGUGGAAUUCCUUCAGGAAGUUACAGGGCAGUCAGGAAAUGAUGGACCCCUGAAAGGACUGCAUGCAUACUUGGACCCUGAGGAAUUAGGAAUAGCAAUUAGCCAAGAUGCCUUCCUUUCCAUCAUGAAGGGCUGGAUCAAAGAAUGCAGGCAUGAUAUACUCUUUUUUUUUCCUGGAGGUUUAAAAUUAUCCAGUAAUUUAAGAGGCUAGUGUCUUAUAAGUUAUUGUUUGUAUUGAUGGCUCAGGAACAUUUAUGGAAAAAAAUAAUGAGCAAAAUAAUAAUAAUAAAAUAUAAUAAUAAACACAGCCCAAAUAUUUUAAUGGAAAAAGGAUGUGUUGAUGCCUAAACAUUUUUCGGAACAGAGAUACAG